AUGUGUGAGACUGUGGGUUACUGUCACGUCCUGCCCGUCUUCUUUGCCAUUCACGAGAUCAACCAGAAUCCAAAGAUGUUACCCAACAUCACCCUGGGCUUCAACAUCUAUGAGGACUUUUUCAAUGCAAGAAUCAACUAUGGGGUCAUCAGCCACAUUCCUGAACAAAAACAUCGUUUCCCUUUUUUCUACCGGCUGAGUCCCAAACAAGAGCCUCCUCACUUGGCAAUUGUCAAACUGCUCCUGCAUUUCCGAUGGACGUGGAUCGGCCUCGCUGCUCCGGACAAUGAAAACGGAGAAAGGUUCAGAAGUUCCUUUGCUCUUGUGGCCAUCAAGAAAGGGGCUGUGGCCAAGGUCCUCCAUGCGGUCUAUUCCUCCCUCCUGAAUCGCAAAAGGAUAAAGCUUAGUGAUGAUCUGGUUCCACAGGGCAUACAGCCAUGGCAGAAAGUGCCUUUUUCUACAUGUACUGACAGUUGCCUCCCAGGAUACGCCAAGCUCACGAGAGAGGGAGCACCGGUUUGCUGCUACGACUGUUCUCGGUGUAUGGAAGGAACCAUCUCCAGACAGGAAGAUGCAACCCAUUGUGAAAAGUGUCCAGAUGACCAGCAGUCCAAUAAAAGGCAAGAUCAAUGUGUCCCCAAGAUUGUAAGUUUCCUGUCCUAUGAAGAAAACUUAGGCCUUAUCCUGGCUCUCAUUGCCUCUUCUUUGUCUCUAACUACUGCCUUCAUUCUGGGAAUCUUCAUGAAAUACCGAGAAACUCCCAUAGUCAAAGCCAACAACCGGGACCUUACCUACAUUCUUCUGGUCUCCCUCCUGCUUUCUUUCUUGACGUCCCUUCUAUUCAUUGGUCACCCCAAGAAAGUCACCUGCCUCCUCCGACAAAGCACCUUCAGUGUUGUUUUCUCAGUUGCCGUGUCUUCCUUGCUGGCCAAGACUGUCAUGGUGGUGGUGGCCUUUUUGGCCACAAAGCCAGGCAGCAGGAUGAGGAAAUGCCUGGGGAAAACUCUGGCCAACUCCAUUGUUUUGUCCUGCUCUGGGGUUCAGGUGGGCAUCUGCAUCAUAUGGCUGGGAAUCUCUCCCCCGUUCCCAGAUUCUGACCUGCAUUCCCAACCAGGGCAUAUCCUUUUGCAAUGUAAUGAAGGCUCAAUUACCAUGUUCUACUCCGUCCUUGGCUACAUGGGCUUUCUGGCUGCCAUAUGCUUCUUGGUGGCUUUUCUAGCCCGAAAGCUGCCAGGGAGCUUCAAUGAAGCCAAACUGAUUACCUUCAGCAUGUUGGUUUUCUGCAGCGUUUGGGUCUCCUUUGUCCCCACCUACCUGAGCACCAAAGGGAAAUACAUGGUGGCUGUGCAGAUCUUCUCCAUCCUGGCCUCCAUCCUGGGCUUACUGGGCUGCGUUUUCAUCCCCAAAUGCUACAUCAUUAUCCUGAAACCUCACCUGAACACAAAAGAGUAUCUGAUGAUGAAGGCUGAUAAGGCCUUUUAA